UUGAAAUCUAUGGUUACUGCUUGAGCAAACGCGAUCGAAAUAUAAUUUUUCAUAUGAAAAAUGACAUCAUCCGCCAAAAAACAGAAAGCUAAACUAACGGAGGAGACGAUAACUGAAUACAAGGCACAAUUCGAUGCAUUAGAUCAUGACAAAACGGGGAAAGUCUCCGUCCCAGAUGUAACUGUAUUAAUAAGAAGAGUAGGUCUGAUGCCAUCAAACCUAGAAAUUGAGGAGUUGAUAGCUGACGUGGACAAAGAGAAAACAGCACUUAUUGAAGGUAUAACGUUCGAUCAAUUUUGUGAAAUAGCAUCACGAAAGUACAAUGAAAUAUACACGGAAUCAGAUAUCAUUGAAGCUUUCCGUACAUUUGAUGUCGAAAAUAAUGGUUUCCUUUCAGCUUCUGAACUUCGUCGUGCACUGUGUACGGUGGGUGAGAAUCUGACUGAGGUGGAAAUGGAUGCAAUGUUAGAAAAAGCUAAAGUUGAUAGUGAUGGUAACGUGCACUACGAAGAAUUCGUUCGUUCUAUAACAUCAGACCUUUGAUAAAAGUUAAGAAAGUAUUCAAAGCGAAUACAAUAUGUGAAGAAUAAGAUGAUUUCGAAGUAGUGAUUAUUUUCAUUUUGCGAUUUUGGCAUCAAAUGUCUAAUAUAUAUCUAAUCGUCUUAAAUAGAUGUAUUAACCAAA